UGGCUCCCUUUGGAGAUGGUGCCCUCAGCCUCAUGCUACAAGUAAAGACAGGUCAGAGGAGCUCCUGGGAGGAAGAGGAGGCGUAGGGGGAGGAGGGGAGAGACUCACAGAGACGUGGAGACAAACUGUGAGGAGACGGGAGACACGACAAAGAGAGACCAUUUCUGUUUUGCCUCUGCUUUUCCAUUCAUCCCAUUUUCUUUUCCAAGUAUUGAUUUGAUGUUUGAGUUUUAUCCUUUUGUUCUGCUGUGAUUUUGCUUUUGUGGAAACGAAGGAAAAUAAGAACUCUAUAAGAAGAACAGGGUGAAGGAGGACAAGGUCAUGGCCUCCUGGUUCAGCUGGAACGAGCCUUACUCCCGCAGCCCCCGCAAGGACCCGGCCGACGUGGUCACCGACACCCUGAUGCUGGAGUUCAGCUGGCAGCUCAAGGAGGCGGAGAGGCUCCACAGGGAGAGGGAGAGCGAGUACCGACGCCUGAAGACCGGGGUGGACUACAGCUGGCUGGCCAGCACCCCGCGCUCCUCCUUCAGCAUCAGCACCGGGGAGAGGCUGGCGCUGGAGGACCUUUGCUCCAAGGUCCCGCCGUCCUGCUGCGGACUGGUUCUGCUCAAGUUUAGGGAUAUCAUGCACGCCAAUGAGCCUGAAGUACAUGAGGUGUCCACCCUUUUCCGCUCCGUCCUCAUGGAGGCCCUGGACACCUUGAAGGAGGAGCAGGAGGCGCAGCGGCUGGCCAGGCAGUGGAACAACCGGCGCGCCAUGAGCAUGAACUUUAGGUCGCGAAUCAAGAUCAACCCGUUUGGAAGCUCGGUGGGCCUCACCGCCACCAUGGCAGAAGGGACGGGGAUGAGUGACCUCAAGACCGUAUCGGAGGACGUGGAGAGAGGGAGGAACAGUGGGGAGAGAUCACAGAGGGUGUGGAGCAUGCCCGACUUCAGAUACAAAGGAGAUAACAGCAGUAAGGUUGUCUGAAGAGGAGCAGGGAGGAGAUGAGGGGUUGAUGUUUCAGAGGGACUCGUACGUCUCCAGGACUUUGCAGAAGUACAGUAUGUCUCUUUGGCACUCCAGAGCAAUCAAUCUUGCUAAACCUUUACUUCUGAAAGAGCAGUGACAGGUGUUGGAUCUUCUGCACUUUCAAGAAUUCAUCAGCACUUGAAACCACUUUGACGUUACUUCUUGGAAUCGUGUCCAGCAUCGAGGUCUGUUUACUGUAGCCUGAUAUGGUUAUUUGUCAUUUAAAAGGCUUUUAUUAUUGCAGAAGAAAAUAGUUGCAGGGCCAGAAUGAGAUUUCCAUAUGAAGUUCACUGCAGUGUCAUUAAAGGGCGAGUCAUCUCCCUGAAGUACACAGACCGAACUACAUUAAUGUAUUAUUGAAGGGCAGAAAAAGAAUGAUUUUUUUUUUGAAUGAAACAUUUAAAAGUAAAACAUUUUCCAGCAAUUUAAUUGCAGUCUCUUUUCAUUUUGUCACACAGCACAGUUCAUGAGUACACAACAGCUCUGCCCCGACAUGAAGCCUUCAACUGGUCUGACGUGAGGGGAGCUGACAGCGAUUGCAUUUUUAUAUUUAAAAGAACAUUACUCCUCGGAUGUUGGGAAAACAAAUUACUUACAGUAAUAAUUAAAUGACACACAAUUGAUCCUCCUAUUUAACAAAAUGUACACAUAAAAAAAAAGUACACAAAAGG